AUGAAAGGCUUUCUUUCCUUUACAGUCCUUGCAGUCCUUUUACUGGUGCACAGCUCCCAGGCAGUCUAUGUUCAGGAUGGAGACUUGAAAUUCUCCUUUGAGUCCGUGAAGAAGCUAAAGGAGCUUAUGGAUGAGAACAGACACAUUAACCCUCGCAUGGUGGUUUCAAUGGCUAGCUAUUCUCCAUGUGAUGAAAAAGACCUCCCUGAGGAGCUCCAGUCUGUGUGCAAAAGAGAAAAUGCACCCAUGAUUUUUGAGAGGCUGAACCAGGCUGUCCAAGGUGAUUUGUGUGAAAUCUGUGCCAAUGCUGCAUGUGCUGGUUGCAUUUGA